AGUUUCUGUUGUUAAUGGUCUUGAUCUUGAAAAAGCAAUGAAUGAAUGCAUUACAAAAUCUGGUAUGACAGUAUUACCUGACACCCGGAAUAGGUAUUUUAAAUCACAAAAAAUCUAGAUGUCAUGAAUGUAAGUGUUGGACUGUUUCUGAUUGAACAAGUAUUCAAAAGCCGUAUGGACUUAUGCUAAAAUGGACACAGUGGGAGGAUUAUCAUUUACAAAAAGAGAAGUUUGCUAAUGGUAUGCAAUUCUGUGUGUUUUGUCGUGGUGACGUUUAGACUUAAGCUUUAAAAACUCCCAUCCCUCUAUCUCCAUGAUCACAACUUCUGAGAAGUGAAAUCAAGAGCUGUCACUGAACACAUUGCUUGUAUUUCGCCUGUCAUAUCCCUGUGCAUCUCUUAUGGACUCCUUUCCCAUGUAGGAAAAUGAGCUACCUUGACCAAGAUAUCUUAAGCCAACACUUCCAGGAUGCUAUUGACGUGCUCCAGCGUCAUUCAGAUGGCACACAACAAUACCAGUCAGAGUACAAGUUCUAUGACGCCCAGGGCAGUCAGCCAGCCCCCGUAAGGACCAGCUUCGGCUGCUACUCCUCUCCUCUCGUUCCCGAUGCGCCAGUAUACAACUGGAGUGAGCUGCCGCCCUGGGCCCACACUGUCCCCAGCGCAGCUCUGACACACACUCCUCCUCCGGAGAACCAGCUGGCUUACUCUGUGUUUGCCCAGCAAAGAGGUGGAAAAGGGAGGAAGAAGCUGCGGCUGUACGAGUACCUGCACGAAGCCCUGUACGACACCAACAUGGCCGACUCCAUACAGUGGGUGGACAAGGGCAGCGGCACCUUCCAGUUCGUCUCCAAGAACAAGGAGAAGCUGGCUGAGCGGUGGGGCAAGAGGAAGGGAAACCGCAAGACCAUGACCUACCAGAAGAUGGCCCGAGCUCUGAGGAACUACAGCCGCACGGGGGAGAUCAUCAAAAUCCGCCGGAAGCUGACCUACCAGUUCAACCCCGUGAUCCUUCAGAGACUCAGCCCCAGUCACCCGUCCGGGAGGGAGACCCUGUACUUCCAGUACAUCCCCACGGAGCAGGGCUACUGCAGCAUGGACACCUGGCCAAACUGCUACAGCAGCUUCAACUGUGACAACGAGUACGACUUGAACUGCACACCAAUUCAGUCAAAUCCCUGACGCAUGGCAGCCUGAUGUUUAUUUACUCUUGUUUGUUUGUUUAUUUUAAUCGGGGAGGGGUUGUAUUUUGUAAAUAAGUUUCAGUUGGUUAUCAAUGUGUUCAUUGAGUUGUAUGCAUGGUAUUUCCUAGCAGUUUUGAAGUACUGUACCUUUAAUUACAGUGAAAACGCACUGAAAUGUAAUGGGGCCCCAGUAGGUAUUGAGCACUUAACUGUAUUCACACAUGAUGACGAAAUGUUGAUUCUGCAAACAUCUUAAUUUUAAACCAAUAAUCUUAUUUUUGUGCAGCCGCCCUCUGUUGGAACGCACAAACAGUAAAGGUAACUAACCUGGAAACAAAAAUAUCAUUUCCUAAUUUUUCAAACGGAUGAUUGAAUUUUAGGACUGGGACAAAACCUGGUGUUGUCAUUUAAAUCAAAACUUGCUUGUUCAGCUGUGUUGGUUUUGUGACAGCGAAUCAGAACAUUUAUGAUCUCCUGUACAUGUCUGCUCUUGUCUAGAGAUGCAUUAUUUAGUUUUUCCAUUUUAGCUUGGCUGGUGAUAACGAUGAUGUUAUAAGAAUCCUGAAGAAUCACGUGCUCAGUGAUGGCACACCAAUGAAUUAAAUCAAUGCAUUCAUUUAAUCUCCAUUUCUUACAGCACACAUGCAUUAUUAUAACUGUAUAAUAUUACUGACACGUUUGAUUAGUAAUGUACAUAUAUGUGCCAAUUUCUCUGUAAAUAUUUCCUGCAGUGGACUGGUGUCUUGUCCAGGGCGUAUUCCAGCAUUGUGAUGGUUUUCCUUGACCAAUACCAGGACUAAGCAGCUCUCCAGAAGUCAAUGGAUGGGUCAAGACAAUUCUGUUCUCUGCCUCUUCUUUUCCUCUGAUGCUCAGCCCUUUAAUCAAAGGGAUUAGAAUGCGUGGAGCCAUGGUGAGGGGCCAGUAACUGAGAGGCCCUGGGUUCGAAUCCCAGGAGAGAUACUGUACUGCUGUUGUACCCUUGAGCAAGGUUCUUCACACAAUUUGCUCCAAUAAAAUUCAAAGUUGUGUUGAAUGCACACAUUUGAUAUGUGAAUAUAUAAAGCAUUAUGAUAUAAGGUGUUCUGGAUAAAAUCAUGAGACAAAUUAGUAAUACAUUAGUAGUAAUUCACAGAUGUCAAACUGUGAUGAUGGAAAUUAGAGCAGGGCAUGCCUUCUGCCAUCCAGGAUGAGUGAAAUAUACUUGACAGAAAGGAAUGUAGUUUACUCUUACUGUCAUGUGUAUAAUUGACUGGAUCACCAUUCAAGAGUUCUUUCAUCUGCACAGACAUUGCUUUCAUCUAAAAUCAUUUUGUUGUAAAUGUUGAGAAGACCUGUUUUUGAUUUUUUGUAAAUAAAUUGAUCUACUGUGUUUUUUGGAAUGUGUCAA